AUGCCCGAUGAGAUCCACACAUCCGCAUCGCGCUCGUCCACAACAUCCUCGCAUGUCAAAAGCGCAUUUGAGCGCUAUGUCGAUGCGAUUUCGUCUCCAGAGCAUCCUACCAUCAAGGUCCGUAUCAUGACCUGGAACAUGCAUGGCCACGUUCCCCUAGGGGACCUGGCUAUCUUAUUUGGACGUGUGGGUGUAUACGAGCCGGCUUCACCGGACUGGGACGAAGAUAACACCAUUCUUAAUGAUGCAUAUAAAGGUGUCAAGGCCAAAGGUCAAUUACAUGUGCCCAAAGAGGAUCGCAUCCCUCAACUGCCCUUGUCAGAUGUCCAUCCGUAUCAUGUUGUGGUGGUGUCUUGCCAGGAAUGUCCGUGGGGCGAGGGAAGUCAGUUAAUGCACAAAAUCCACACUGCCGGUGAAUUUGGCGAUGCGUAUCGCUUGACGCGUACGAAGCGCGACUUGACUCCGUCAGAAAUCCAAGCUGCCAUGGCCACGACUUCGCCUACGAUUUCAUCAACGCCGGAAUUCGGGACUGAUGCAUCCUCGAUGAAACGCCCCCCUCUCUCCGUGUCGAUACCAUCGCCGGUCUCAGGCGUCAACAGUUUCUCUCCUUCGGAUGAAAAAGAAGAGGUAAUUAAUAGUGAUGGACGGCGCGUCACUGUCACAUCUCGUGCCUGGUCCAAGAUCUGUCAGGAUUGGUUUUGUAACGGUAUUCAGCGGUCUGGAAAUGAAUUGCUCUCACGGGCCAUGUUUUCAGAUACAAAUGAGGGUGAAACGAGUCUAAGUGACUCCGACACUCCGGGUACGACACCAGCGAGUGUUGAAUCACACAUAUCUCGUCCUCUUUUUUCACCUAGGUCCAUGCGAAAUCCUCCUGAACAGUUGGGUCCUUAUUGCUUACUGAUAAAGGAGCGCAUGAUGGGCUGCUACACCGCUGUUUACGUGUGGCGCGGAUGCAUGGAUCGCGUUCGUGGCGCAAGUGCGCACGCAGUUAAGAGCGGUAUUUUGGCCGGCCGCAUGGGCAAUAAGGGUGGCAUUGGCAUAAGUCUCAAGCUCGGCGAAACCCGUUUACUUUUUAUCAAUGCUCAUUUGGCUGCGCACGCAAAUCGCCUGGAUGCACGCGUUGCAAACAUCGAAAAAAUUAAAUCGGAGCUCAAAGUCGACACGUUUCUCCCGCCGAACCAUCCGCUACUCAAGUCGAAUGACAUUACGAAAUGCUUUGAUCAUUGCUUUUGGUGCGGAGACCUCAACUUCCGUGUUGACAUCACUCGGAAGCAUGCCGACUGGCUCCUUCAGCAACAGUCCUAUGACGAUGCACUCGAAUUUGAUCAGCUUCGCAAACUAUUACGGACUGGAAAUGCGCUUGAAGGUUUCCGAGAGGCACCCAUUGAUUUUCCUCCCACAUACAAGUACGACCUGGAAAAAGCGCAAAAGCACAAGCUUCGACACCAGCCAAGCAUCAUGCUACAGCAGGCCCGCCCGCCUGGAGGCUCUGUCUCGCGGAAAUCCAGCGCAAAAUCACUUGACGAAGAAUCAGUAUCUGAGAAGCCACGGCCUCUAUGGCGUCGGUUUCUGCGGAAACUCGACCGCUCUGAGGAGACCAUCAAGCAACAAGCUGCACAACGACAAGAAAACAAUCUAGCAACCCUGGGUUCUGUGGCGUCUUCCUCUACACUUUCAGUCGUGUCUACAAGCUCAUCUGUCACGGAAAACUUGGAUCCAGCGCCUUCAAGCUCGAGUAUCUCUUCGACUCCUUUGCCGACCACUGACGCACUUUCCCACAAACUCUCGCUGACCAGUUUGGAAGACAAAGCACCCUCUGUGCGCUCUGUAUUGUAUGACUCGAGCGCGAAGCAGCGUGUGCCAUCAUGGUGUGAUCGUGUAUUGUGGCGAAGCAAUGCAUCCGCAAAAAAACAUACUGCGCGGGCGGACAUUGCAGCCAGACAGAACAAAAGUGGCUUUAUGCCUUGGAUUAACAAACACAUCCAUCGCCAUCAACAUGCUAAUGAGCAUGAUGUUUCAAAAUCGCACGCCGGCUCGGAAUCGAGUCACCAUAUCCUCGUUCAUGCCCCACUUGACUGGAUUCAUGCUAUUGCCGAAUCAAAUAAGAACAAUUCGCUUAUGGAAUCUAUUCUCCACGAUGAUGUUUUGACUCCUACGAAAGGUAGGGUAAAGGUACUCAACUACCACACGAUUGAUGAUGACGGUGUUCAGGCGCUCGGCGCUCGAUCCGAUCACCGACCUGUAAUUUUUAGUGCUGCUAUAGGAAUUUGA